GUCUCCCUGAAAUUUCAAGGUAAAGCUAAGAAAACCAAUUUUCUUGGAUCUACUGGGAGGUGAGAACCUCUGGGGAUUGGAUCCCUGCAUUCAGUGGCUUGAAAAUUAUGAGUGCUUAUCAUUUCAUUGGUACUUAUAAACUUGUAAAGCGAUCUUAAUGAAAGACCCUUGAUUAAAUCAAAUCUUAAAUUACUGUUGAUCACCAUCCGGUUCUAGUUCAUUGAAGGGACUUGGACCAGUUCAUAAAUUGGAGACUCCCUAGUGCUUCCAGAGGUGAUUGAAAGGUCCUUCAAUCAUGGUUGAUCAGAAAGGGAAUGAAAAUCCACUGGGAGUGUCUUGGCACAACAGUCCAGCCAUCCCGAUGCUGAGUCCAGCCACUGUCAUGGACUACUUCUCCGACACCUCAAACCCAUUCUAUGAUAAUACCUGCAAUAAUGAGAUAGUGAAAAUGCAGCGUCUCAACCCAGAGCAGCUUAGUCAAAUGACUGGGAUCGAGUAUACACUGCUGCAUGUACAGGAGCCAAUCCUGUAUGUGGUUCGGAAGCAGCAUCGCCUUUCCCCAACACAGGUGACACCACUCAAUGACUAUUACAUCAUUGCAGGAGUUGUCUACCAGGCCCCAGAUCUCACAGCUGUCUUGAACUCCAGAAUUAUGAGUGUAGUGCACAACAUGAAAGAGGCAUUCGAUGAGGCAUCGUCCUACUCCCGCUAUCAUCCAUCCAAAGGAUAUUGGUGGGAAUUUCCAAACCAGGAAUCUGGGAAGGACAAGGCACCACCCAAGAAGAAGGUGAAGAAGACGAAGGAGGAACCGAGUUCGACAUUUCAACGACAAUGCUUGGACAUGUUGUUGGACGAGUGGACAAGGCGGUUCCCUCCACGACCCAUUCUCCCUGGCCCAGGUCCUCAGGCUUCCACCCAGACAGAUUCUUCCAAGCCUGGAGGUCUUCCAUCUGCUACAACUGCAACAUCUGCUCCCAUUCCCAAUGCAGGUUCUGGCUUAACAUCCACUGCUGCUGGUGGCAUGUCCUCUCUGCCAGCUGUGCAGCUCCCUCAAGGUGGAGAUGAUGGGAAAGUAGAAGUGAAGCAGGAGCCAAGUAGUCCACAAGCCAUGCCUCCACCUGAUAAGAAAUUCCUCUCUUCCUGAUCUCCCACUUCACUUUCCCAAGGAAAUCUCUGACUUUACAUUGAUAUGCUGCAAGGACUGCUCAUGACAGUCUUACUGCUGUAUUGUUUGAUAUUGCAAAAUAAAUUAUUCUCACUUGGGGUCUUGAGGAC